AACAACAACGAAGUACAAGCAAAAGCAAAUUUUGUUGCAUCAAAAAAGCCAAAUACACAUAUAAAUAAAAACGUAAAACAGACAUAAGAGAACAACUGCCAAUAGCAAAGAAAAGAAAUCAAAAAAAAAAAGAAGCGAGAAAAAUAAGCAAAAAAGGAUACAGAAGUAUUAAACGUAACGGUUGGUGGCUCAAUUAUGGAUACGCUGCUGGAGGAAAUUGGCCAGACGCUGCUGCCAGCGACUGGCGGCGUUGUUGUAGGGCAGGAUGAGCAAAAAUCAAAGCGCGUCUCGCUCUGCGAUGAGUCCAAUUCAUCGCUGGUGCUGGAGGACACCGAUGUGAGCAAUACGAGCAGCACCAGCAGUGCCAGCAGCACCAGCAGCAGCAGCGGCGGCGGCGGUGGCAACAAUAGCAGCAGCAGCAUCAUUAGCAACAGCAGCCUCUUCAGCAGCAAUGGCUCCUCCACCGACACCGGCAAGGGCAGCAGCACUGUGGGCAGCAUUGAUGUUGGCAGCGUUAGCUCAUCGGGCAUACUUGGCUCGGCCGCCUCGAUUACAUCAUCGGUAUCGACGACCGCACCAUCGACGGCCAACUCAUCGGGACUUGGCCUGGUGGUCGAUGUGGAGAGCAACAUUGGCAGCAGCCAGGAGCUGAGCCAUGGCUACGAUGCCAAAAGUGUGACAGAGCUGGACUCGCUGGAGGAUUCAUGCGGCGCCAUGCUCAAGGAUGCGGACAAGUACUGCAAGCUGUGCAGCUCGCGUUUGGUUAUGCCACGCAUCUUGUCCUGCCUGCAUGUGUUCUGUGAGGAUUGCCUGCUCAAUUUGCUGGCCCAAAAGGAGUCGGGUGCUGCCAACUCACCAGCCGCAUCGCUUUCAUCCGCGGCCAGCUGCUCGUCGGCCUCCUACGAUGGCAGCGAUCAUCAGCAGCGCCUGCACGCAUCGCUGGAGUGUCCCGUCUGCAAGCAGCAGACAGCGCUCAAUAUCAAGGGCGUCAAGGGCUUGACCUGUGACUAUAUUGUGACCAAUAUACUGGACCUGUCCAAUCUGGAGGCCGAGCAUAUACCCUGCACCUCCUGCAAGGGCAAAGAGGAGGCCAUUUCGCGCUGCAACGACUGCGCCAACUUCCUGUGCAAUGGCUGCGAUAAUGCCCACAAAUAUAUGCGCUGCUUCGAGAAUCACCAGGUGGUGCGCAUCGAGGAUCUGCAGAAGAAUCUGCAGAACGACAAGCCGAUCAUACACAAGCCCAUCUGCUGUCGCCAGCACAUCAACGAGAAUCUCAAAUACUAUUGCUUCACCUGCCAGGUGCCCACCUGCAACGAUUGCCUGCUCAGCGAGCACAAGGGCAACGAUCAUCACUACGAGACGGCGAACAUAGCCGAGCAGAGCAUACGCUCGGAGCUGGAGCAGACCAUCAGCGAAACGCUGAAGAAGGCGCAAUAUUGCAACGAUGCGGGCGCCAAUUUGGGCAACGCACUCAACGAGCUGCAGACGCAGCACGACAGCGUGCAGCAGCAGAUCGAGCAGGCCUAUGUGAGCUACAAGCGCAUGCUGGAGCUGAUACGCGAUCAGCGUCUGGCCGAGCUGAGCCGCCUGCACUCGGAGCGCGAGCUGAAGAUUAUGGAUGUUAUGCAGAGUCUGGAGAACAACAUGGGACGACUGCAGCAGGCGGCGCAGUUUGGUCAGCGUGCUGUGGAGAAGGCAAAUGCUGUCGAGUUCCUGCUGCUAAUGCCGGUGAUAAGCGCUCAGUGCCAGCUGCUCAUGGAGCAGACGCCACAGAGCGAGGCCAACUAUCAGAUACAGUUUGAGUGCAAGCCGGACAAGUUUGAGCGCUUUGCGCGCGAUAUGUUUGGCAAAUUCCGCACCGAGGCGCAUGUGGCAUUGGAGACAUCCUCGCCUAUGGACACGCCCAAGCAGCAGUCGCCACCACCAACAGCAGCAGCAGCACAAGCUGGCACACCAACAUUGUCUGGCAAUUUUAGUGCUGGUCUGUUGCACGCCAGCAAUCGUCAACAGCAGCAACAGCAGCAGCAGCAGCAGCCCAGCAGCAGCUCCGUGCAGGGACGUCUAAGCUCAGCAGCUGUCUUCAGUCCCAUCUCAUUGCCCAGCUCGCUGCAGAGUUCAUUUGAUGGCGAUACUUCGGUUAUGACAAACUUUUCCAUGAUGAGCACAUUGCCACCAGAUUCGCCGCCGCAGCUGCAGGCGCCAAUGCAACAGCAACAACAACAACAGCAGCAGCAGCAGCAGCAACAACAACAGCAGCAGCAGGCCUUGCAACAGCAGCAGCAAAAGCAGCAGCAGCAGCAACAACAACAACAGCAGCAGCAGCAACAGCAGGCCUUGCAACAGCAGCAAAUGUCACAGCUUGUUGCACCUCAGGGCUUGGUGCAAGUGCCUACAGCUGGCGCGCAUGUCAAUCUCAAUGCCGCCGGCUCCAAUGCUGGCAUGGGCCUGAGCUCACUCAACGGCAUGGGCAUGGGCGCUGCUGCUGGCGCUGCCGCUGGACCGCCGCCCACGUUCAGCAUGCUCGAGUAUAAUCUAUCGCGCCUGGCCAGCCUCACCGAGACCAUACCCGAUGGCAUGAACGAUGCCCUAGCCGUGGGCAAUGCCAAUGCAGUGGCUGUUGCUGCUGCCGCUGGCGGCAAUGCCGGCACUGCGGCUCAUCACCAGCAGGCGGUUAUACCCGCCUCGGCGGUCACGCCCACUCAGACGAUCACACUCGCCGAUAUUCUCUCCGGGGAUCAGCGCGCGCUCAACAAUUUGCAAGCCUUGGCCAAAUUGGGACUUAAUAAUAAUGAUGAGCAUCACGAUUUGCUAUCGUCGAACGGAAGCUCAACGUGCCAUGAUUAUUUUUUAACAGAUUUCUGCAUGCCGACAGCCACAUCGCCCAGUCUGCAGACCCUGAACCCCAUUGUGGGUGGCGUUGAUGACAUUGGCUUGAACAAUUUCCAUGCUGUGGCACCGCCCGGCACCACAAGCGUCGUCACCGGACGCAACAAGGCCACGCCCAUGCAAAUACGCUGCAAAUUUGGCUCGCUGGGCACGGCCAAGGGUCAAUUCAAUUCGCCACAUGGCUUUUGCCUGGGCGUCGAUGAGGAGAUCAUUGUUGCGGACACCAAUAAUCAUCGCAUCGAAGUGUUCGAUAAGAUGGGCGCACUCAAAUUUCAGUUUGGCGUUGCCGGCAAGGAGGAGGGUCAAUUGUGGUAUCCACGCAAGGUCGCCGUUAUGCAUAACAAUGGCAAAUUUGUUGUCUGCGAUCGCGGCAAUGAGCGUUCCCGCAUGCAGAUCUUCUCCAAAUGCGGUCACUUUAUGCGCAAAAUUGCGAUUAGAUAUAUUGAUAUUGUUGCGGGUCUGGCAGUUACCGCAAAGGGACAUAUUGUGGCUGUUGAUAGCGUUUCGCCUACAGUGUUUGUUAUAUCCGAGGAGGGCGAGCUAGUGCGUUGGUUCGAUUGCAGCGACUAUAUGCGUGAGCCCUCAGAUAUUGCCAUACGCGAUAAUGAUUUCUAUGUAUGCGACUUCAAGGGCCAUUGCGUGGCUGUUUUUCAAGAGGACGGCACAUUCCUUUAUCGCAUUGGCAAUGAGAAGGUUACCUGCUUUCCCAAUGGAAUUGACAUAUCCAAUGCUGGCGAUGUGCUCAUUGGCGACUCACAUGGCAAUCGCUUUCAUGUUGCCUGCUACUCACGCGAGGGCACGUUGCAAUCUGAAUUCGAGUGUCCACAUGUCAAGGUUUCGCGCUGCUGUGGCCUUAAAAUUACCUCAGAGGGCUAUGUUGUUACGCUGGCCAAGAACAAUCAUCAUGUGUUGGUCUUAAACACGCUUUAUGUUCACUGAUUGCAAAUCAAAGCGCGCAACAAUCGUCCAGCUGUCGAUAUGAACAAAUAUAAUUAUAAAUACUCCUCGGGUAAAAUUUAUGGAUGUCGUCGUCAGCAGCAGCAGCAGCAGCAGCAGCAGCAACAAAAGGAUCAGCAGAAAUCAACAAGCAAUAAAAAUCAGGA